AGGCAGAGCUACACCAACAAUAGUGGCUCAUCACCGUGGAAAGAAAGAAACUACACUUGAAGAAUCAGAUCACAUCAUAAAUGCUCUGAGGUUAUACGAGAAGCAAAGUCACGGAAACAUCACAUUCUGCCCCUUUUCUGCCAUUUCUCCCUAUGCAACAAUGCACAAUGAUGUCUGUCACCUAGCUAUGGACAAAAGAGCCGCCUUUGUAGUUGUACCCUUUCAUAAACACUGGGCUAUCCACACUUCAGAGGCAGAGGCAAAUUGCAUUAGGAAUGUGAACCGUAAGAUUCUAACAAUGGCACCAUGUUCUGUCGGUGUAUUCAUUGAUCGCAGCACUAGCAGCACAAACACACCUCUGACAAAUGUCUAUAACAUUUGUGUCCUUUUGAUAGGCGGGCAGGACGAUCGAGAGGCAUUAGCCUAUGCUAAUCGGAUGGCUAUACAUCCCAACGUGGGAGUGACACUUGUCCGGUUAAUAGAACGUAAGAAAUUGGACAACUUCAACUACACACAAGACAUGGUAAAAGAUGCAGAAGCCAUCAAUGCAUUUAGAGAAGCUAACAUGAACAACAAAUUAUGCAUUUAUGAAGAAGAAGAGGUAAAAGACAGUGUAGGAGUUGUUAGUGUAAUUAGGAAAAUGGAAAAUUGUUUUGACUUGAUCAUAGUAGGGAGACACCAUGAUUGUAACUCAGCAUUGUUAGGAGGACUUAGAGAAUGGAGUGAGUUUCCAGAAUUAGGGUUUAUAGGGGACAUGUUGGCUUCUUCCGACACAAAUUAUGAGGUAUCAGUCUUAAUAGUGCAACAACAAGCUUUUCCAGAGGACAAAUUACAGCUUGAAAAUCCCAAUUCGGCUGCUGCUGUAAAUAUGAACAUUUAA